CAAAUUUAACCUUGUAAUUAAUAUUAGUAAACAAACUGGUUGAAAUUAUUUAGGAGGAACUGUACACACCUCUAUCACCUGUACUUUCACCUGUGUGUUAGUGACCUGUCUGACACGUCAACCACUUGAAAGAAACACAAUGGCUCGCUAUUUCAAAGAACAGGACAUUGAUGAGUUCAGAGAAUGUUUCUAUUUAUUCGCGAGAUCGGGCCAAAUCAAAUCCCUGGAUGAACUGACCGUUAUCAUGCGAAGUCUCGGGCUUUCGCCGACGAUUUCGGAACUGACAAGCUAUUUAAAACAAAAGCAAGGAAAAAUGUCUUUUGCCGAUUUUUUGGAAGUUAUGCACAUUCACUCGCGACUAGAAGAUCUACCGAGGGAAAUAGUUAAUGCAUUUAAGGCAGCCGAUCCCACUGGAACCGGUGUCAUCUCGGCCAGGCAGCUGAGACAUCUACUACAGAAUUGGGGCGAGUGUCUGUCAUCGAAAGAGGUUGAUCGUAUAUUCCGUGAGGCCAACGUUACAAACAACAGUAUGGUACGAUAUGAAGAUUUCGUUAAAAUUGCAUGUGCACCUGUCCCCGACUAUUACUAAAGCGGUAUUACAAAGCCUUUUAGUAGUAUGGAACUUUUACCUUUUAUGUAUUGUAAGCUUUUACGUGUAGUGUGAGAAUGUGGCAAGUACACUUGGUAUUAAAAGAUAAUAAAUUGUUCAAAAAAGA